AUGACCAACAUCACGAAUUACGCGACGACUAUAGACUUCGUAGAGCGCAGGAUCGUCCCAGUCUUUCUUCUCGAGUGCUUCUUUGUCGGCGCGGCAUCAGUGUUUGCUGUUGUGGGAACCUACUGGCUUUGGGCGAGCGAAUGGCGGAGAACCAGUGCCUGGCCUCGCUUGAUACUGGUUGUGCCUCCCCUCACCUACCUCUCGCUAUUAGUUCACGGAGUUCUAUCGUUCUGGAAUACGAUUGAUCUAUUCGAUGGGCGAGCGCUCUUCAAUACAGAGGACCUGGGACGCAAUAACACCGCUAUUUCGGCCGUUCUUCUUCCCGUGGUCAUCACGGAAACUGCCCUCUUUGGCGUAUCAACUGCAGUGUUUGCCUUCGCUUGUUUGCUUUUUGUCGCACGCCAAACUCGUCCGAGACUCCCUCACGUAGCCAUCAUACUGGUUUACCUCUGUGCACUCAUCCACUGGGCCGCCAACAUAGGCAUAUAUGCACGACGUACUGCCCCACCCAUUGCGAGCGACAACUUUAGAACCUAUGCGCCCAUCAUCCUACUCUCCUUCAAUACAAUCUUGUGCGAUGGUAUCAUUCUUUGGCGCAUGUGCCUAAUCUGGGAGCGCCGCCUUUGGUCAUACGUGGCCGCUGGGUUCUUCAUCCUCUCAACGUUCUCACUUUCGAUUGCCAACAUUGUCGAGAUCUCACGCUGGGUACGCGAGGGAGGCACGCCGUGGCCCAUGCCCGGUGCGCCCUUGCAAGUCCUUGAAAGCAAAGACAUCGUCGUCGAGCCGACUUUCGAGAACAACUGGCUUGGGGUAUCAACACUUUGCUCUUCUGUCGCCAGCAAUGCGUUCGCGACCGUCGCCAUCGGACUGAAGGCCUGGUAUCAUCGUCAUCAGUUGACCAAGGAUUUCUGCGCAGGCACACGAAGAACUCGCAUGGAGCAAGCACUCGCGCUUCUCAUUGAGAGCGGCGCAGUCUACCUUUCUAUCUGGAUCGCGUUCUUGGUUGUGAGCAUUGUGCCUGCGCACGUCGUGCUCUUCGACUUCGCCGACGUCAACGCACCGGUCGCGGACGCAUUCAAUGCCGCCAUGGUUCAAAUCACGGCGAUGUAUCCCAGCACUGUUAUCAUUCUCGUUGCCCUGGAUCGCGCGCGUCUUACUGGUCAUGAGCCAGAGGUGACUUUGCAGACGGUCACCUUGACCCCGACAGAUGUGGAGUCUGCGCAGGGUUCGACAACGUCUGCUUCUCUUACUUCUAAAGACGAAAGUUGGGAUGUACAGGGGCGACGAUGGCUCGGGAAGCGGCUAGAUUGGGGCCAGCAAAGGAAAAUUCUCACUCUGCUACCUAGCUAG